AUGUCGAAUAAUAAUAAUAACAGUAAUAUUGUUGUUAUGAAUAAUAAUCACUCUUCUGCGCAGUCGCAGGUAUCGUUGCGUAGUGUGGUUUCAAACUCUACUCAGCACCUAAUGAAUAAGCGUGUUUCCGAGGAAGAUUCUCUAUACCAUAUCUGUCUCGGUGUCAAGAAAAAACUAGAGUGCUUACCGCAGUUGAAGCCGUAUUUAAACCUAGCGUAUGCUAGCGCGGAAGUUGCUAGUGAUCGGCAGGCAUUAUUGCUAUCGCAAAGGGACCAGCAUGACCAACAGCAACAGUUACACCAGCAGGCGGCUAUAACGCAUGGUCAAGGUGGGUUGCUCUCAUAUUCAGCGGGCACCGUUUCUACGACUCCGGAGUCUGAGAUGCGUCCUGCUUCCACCUCGAGCAGUACAAUAGAAGACGGGGAGUACCAGCCGAUGGUUAGUAUGGAGGAGACGGUUUUGACGUAUUCUAUGGGUAUACUCCCGAUCUCGGUGGACUGCGACCCAGUUACACAGCUCUCGAAGCUUUUCCAGCAAGGUUCCCCCCUAUGCAUAAUAUUUAAUGCAGUUAAGCCGCACUGCAAGCUUGCGGUAGUUUCGUCGGACGAUUUGAAGAUUUGCAAGAAAUCUAUAUACGAUUUUAUCAUGGGGUUGAAGCUGCACUUUGCGUUCAGUGACGAGGAGUUGUUUACGAUUUCUGAUGUUUUUUCUAAUUCCACAGAGCAGUUCAUUAAGGUGCUCGAUGUGGUGAUUGCGUUGUUUGAUUCUGCGCCUCAGAUAUUCUUCAAGGCUGGGACCUCAUCUCCUGCUCCAGCACAUAUUGGCCCGCCUGUGCCGGCUGAUGACUCAGAUUACUCUGUGGAUGCUCGAGGGGCACCAGCCAGCGCAGCGACGACGCCUACAUCUGUUGCUUCGCCGCAGCCACCUCAGUACAUGUCGGACCACGAUAAAAUUGUGAAGGAGUUUGUCGAGACUGAAAGGAAGUAUGUUCAUGAUUUGGAGGUUUUAAGCAAGUAUAGACAGCAGCUCCUGGAACACCAGAUUAUUUCGUCGGAAGAGCUCUAUAUGCUUUUCCCUAAUUUAAACGAAAUAAUCGAUUUCCAGCGGCGGUUCCUUGUUUCGCUGGAGAUUAAUGCACAGGUGCCCGCUCAGCGGCAACGAAUCGGAGCAUUAUUCAUGCAUUCUAAACAUUUCUUUAAACUUUACGAACCUUGGUCCAUCGGACAAAAUGCUGCUGCGAGCUUUAUCUCUUCUAUCUUCGAUAAGAUGCAGUCGCAUGAGUUCGUCAUAGGGAACAGAAUGGAGUUGCAAUCGUUCCUACUAAAACCGGUACAACGUCUCUGUAGAUACCCCUUGUUGCUACGCGACCUUCUCAAGUUGUCUGUGAAGUCAAAGAGUGAUGUCAAUAUCAAGGAGUUGCAAACAGCCCUUGAAAUUUCGAAGUCUAUUGCUAGAAGCAUAAAUGAGAACCAGAGACGCACAGAGAACCACGAGGUAGUCAAAAAACUAUACGACCGUGUAGUUAAUUGGAAGGGCUACCGUAUUGCCAAGUUUGGCGAGCUACUCUACUUUGAUAAAGUAGUUAUAUCAACAAACCACUCGAACGAGCCCGAACGCGAAUUUGAGGUCUAUUUGUUUGAGAAGAUUAUUAUUUUAUUCAGUGAGGUACCGCAGAAGAAAUCGAAUUCUAGGAGUUUAAAGAUUAAGAGUAAUUCUCAUUCCUCUUCUUCAUUGUAUUUGCCAGGCUCUGUUGGAGUUUCGUCUUCGACCAGUUCUAGUGGAGAUACCAAGUUAGAUUUAAGGGGUAGAAUCAUGAUUGUUAAUUUGAACCAGAUCGUAGCAGUUGACCACCACUCGAUAAAUAUCAUAUGGGAAUCUGCAAAAGAGCAAGGGAAUUUCAUCCUAAAAUUCAGGAACGAAGAAACCAGAGACAACUGGCUAUCAUGUCUCCAAAGCUUAUUACGCCAGAUACGUAGCGAAUCAUUCAAGUCUAAUGCUACUUGUAGUACUGAUCGCUCCUCUGUUUCAUCACCUCACCAUCCGCAUUAUAGCACGGCAUCCAUCAAUAGCAGUCUGGUAAGACAAAUAAACGAGGUAAUGCCGAAACCUCCAUCUCAACAGCAGUCUUUUGAACACGAAUAUAGGUCUAUUUCCGAAAGUUAUAAAAAUUCAAUUCCAGAGUCAAUGCUGAUGCUACGAGUAUCAUUUAAUAAUGACUUCUACACUGUUUUGGUAUCUAUCGACUCAAGGAUCACUGAUGUUUUACAGCAACUGAAGAAGAAGUUGGCCCAUGCGGGUUCCAUUUGCAAGGUCAAGUACCAAGAUGAUGAUGGUGACUUUGUUAUGUUAGAAAGUGAGGAUGACUGGUCAGUUGUAAAGGAUAUGCUACGGGAGAGUAAGGAACGUAUAUUAAAUGUUUGGGCUUUUGUAUGA